AUGUCCUCUACCAUGGACAAUUCUGAAUGGCGGAAGAUAUUCAAAGACGACAAGUUCGUCAAAAACUACAAAGUUGGUGAAAAGGUCACCGCACAGUUUGCCCAGUCACUGCUCGAGCAGAGUGGCAUUGUCGGAAAUGCCAAUCUCAGCCCAGGGAAAACCCUCGUGGUGUUCGACAAUGCUUGCGGCACUGGAAUUGUCUCAAGUCUUCUUAACCAGCAGCUCCAAGACGAGGUCAAGAAGAAUUGGAACUUGACUUGCGGUGAUAUUUCCCCGGGCAUGCUGGAAUACACCCGUCAUCGAAGUCAGCACGAAGACUGGCAGAAUGUCGAGGUGAAACUUGUGGAUGCUCAGGAGACUGGACUGCCUAGUGCUCACUACACGCACACGAUUACUGCAUUUGCCUAUAUGGCUCUUCCUGAAUCACUAGCCGCUUUGGAUGAAUCGACUCGCAUUCUCCAGCCAGGUGGUAUCAUUGCUUUCUCGACCUGGAUUGAACCUGGCUGGAUCACCGUCAUCCAGAAGGCUCUCGAAACUAUUACCGAAAAUCUACCUUUGCUUACCGCUGAGAAAUUCCUUUUUCUGUCCGGGCGUGGUGAAUGGAACUCUGUCUCCUGGAUCAAGUCACAACUCAAGCAGCGGGACUUCGAGAAUAUCAUCGUGAAGACUGAUACCAAGGCCAUCUCGCUCCCAGGUCUAGAGUUUGUGGAAAUGGCCAUGAUGAUGCUUCCUAUCGUUACCAAGUUCCUUUGGACGGACAAACAGCGCGAGGAUCAUGAGCAUAAGGUUCGCCCGGCGUUGGAGAGGUACCUGGAGGAACAUUAUGGAAAGAAUGCGGAAGUGCCUAUGAAAUGGACGGCUAUUCUCUCUACGGCUCGCAAGCCAGACUAG